GCUCAAUUAACUAAACAAUUUUAUCUUGAGAAAUAGUACGAUACCUGAUAGACUCUUGGACGAAAUGGGCACUAAUGACCAGCUUCCUUCUCAACAAAUUGUGUUUCAUGACAAUGGGGACAGGGAGGAAAUACAACGAGAGCUUAGUCAUAUACUCAACAGCAUCCAACAUGAUAUCACACUACAAGGAGUCUUGUCCAUUGGCAAAGAUGGAGUUUUACGCUCCCUGACAGCCGAUCGGAAGGUCGUCGAUGCUGUUGGGCUGCGACCUGAGCUGAUCAAAGCCAUGCUUGACCGCAUGCCAUUUGACUCGCAAAACGAAGCAAACUAUCGCGGAGUUGAUGGUACUAAAGUCUCGGAGGAUCAGUGGUUUCAUCCCGACAAGGAUCUACUCCCGCCACCAUUACGUGAGGAGAGAGUGAAAGGACCUUUGUCAGAGGAGCAGUUAGAGAGAAAUCGCGAGUGGCUCCAGCGGAGGGCUGAGAGAAAGGGCUGUCCCAUCCAUCCCUGGGUAGCUGGGUUAAAGACGAAGAGGGCCGGAAGCGCGAUGGAGGAAGAUCCGGCCGUAAUGACGCGCGUAGGACGCGUCGUAGUGCCGUCAACGAGAGCUCGAGAAGCUCUGGAAGGUGCUGACAGCACCGAUGCCACCACUGCGACUAGGAGGACGGCGUCAAAAGUGAAGCCAACUGCAGUGAGGAAGGCUGCUAAUCAGAUUGAGGAGAGACAGUGCGCUCAGGACGAAAACCAAAUGAUACUUAGAAAGAUGUGUUAG